CCUAAAAAAUUUUUUCGUGAUGAGCAUUUUAUCCCAAUUCACACUGGACCUUUUUAUGCAUGCACGCUCGUCAUUUUAUAGUCUUGUUAGGGUGCUGAUGGGGGCUUUUUUGACUGUUUUGCAGCAUCAAAUGCAUGGUUUUGUCGGACCUCGGCGGUCAUCUGGUUGACUUCUAAACACCUUCAUCAAGCUGUGGAGCAGGAAGUCACUAUGCUGACCACCAUCACAGAAGGAAUUCUUUGCUGCCUAACUGGGAAAGCCGCCCGUCUCGUUUUGCCCUUGGAGUCGACGGAGCCAUCCGAUGGUUUCGAGUUUGUGGAGGUGAAACCCGGACGAGUCUUGCGAGUGCGGCACAUCGUCCCCGAGCGCCAGCCUGUUGUAAACGACGAGCAUGUCGCGGCCGGGGAGCAGAAGGCCGCUGAUCACGACGAGAAUAAAAAUGACAGCAGCGGCGGCGGUGUCCACUGCAAGAGAAAGAUCACGGUGUAUCGCAACGGCCAGCUGGUGAUUGAGAAUCUUGGUGACGUUUUGCACUCUGAGAUCCUUCAGUGUCAGGAUGGCGAUUUGGAACCAUGCAGUACUGUAGAGGUGGAGCUGGCUGACUAUAAAGAAUUGGCCUCUUCUCCAGACCCCAACCCUGUUCCCCCUCCUGUUCCUCCACCUCCUGGUGAGCAAAAGCCCGCCCCGCCUCCUCGCCGCCGACGCCGGAAGCCCAAGCGCACUGUGCUGAUCGACUCCAAGAGGCUGAUCUCCAGCUGCAAGGGGACGCACUCAGACGUGGCGCUGUUCUUCGUGCACGGUGUUGGAGGCUCGUUGGACAUAUGGAGCAGCCAGUUGGACUUCUUCUCUCGACUGGGCUAUGAGGUCAUCGCACCGGACUUGGCGGGGCAUGGAGCCAGCACAGCCCCGCAGAUAGCAGCAGCUUACACUUUUUACGCCCUGGCGGAGGACCUGCGUGCCAUCUUCAAGAGAUAUGCUCGUAAACGCAACAUUCUCAUUGGACACUCUUAUGGAGUGUCGUUUUGCACAUUCCUGGCCCACGAAUAUCCUGACCUCGUCCACAAGGUGGUUAUGAUCAAUGGAGGAGGUCCCACAGCCUUGGAGCCCAGCCUCUGUUCCAUCUUCCAACUGCCAUCGUGUGUCCUCCACUGUCUGUCCCCUUGUCUGGCCUGGAGUUUCCUCAAAGCUGGAUUUGCCCAUCAGGGUGCCAAAGAAAAGCAGCUGUUGAAGCAGGGUAACGCCUUCAAUGUGUCUCCAUUUGUACUGCGUGCUAUGAUGAGCGGCCAAUACUGGCCUGAGGGCGAUGAGGUUUACCAUGCUGAGCUCACUGUGCCCAUCCUUCUGGUUCAUGGCAUGUGUGACAAGUUUGUGCCCAUGGACGAGGACCAGCGCAUGGCGGAGAUCCUCCUGUUUGCCUUCCUAAAAGUCAUCGAGGAAGGAAGUCACAUGGUGAUGAUGGAGUGUCCCGACACUGUCAACACGCUCCUUCACGAGUUCUUUCUAUGGGAGCCCGACGUGUCCGGAAAAGUCUCCAGCAAGACAGACACCGAGAAGUCCAUCGCAUUCAGUGACACUCUUCACACGCUGAGAAUCAACAAGUCCAUGGACAAAUAACCAACAAGGAAUUGAGGAUCUUGUCACAGAAUUAAGCAGACUGCCUUUUUGUGGCUGUCAUCAAAAUAUUCUUCAGGCUGUUUCCGGGCUGAGAGCUGUUACAUAAAAGGCCACAUCUCGAGGAUGAGGGCGGCCGCUAGUGCUCUGAGAUAAAACUGGAAUACUGGCACGCUGCCAACCGGAGAACAAUAAUUGGACAUCAAGAUGAGAUGAACUGAUGCAAAUAUGAAAUCGAUGUGCGUUUUUACUUAUUCCUAUUUUUGUGCAAACAAGCAGAGGUCAAAACCACUGUUGCAAGUCAUGAAAGUGUGUUGUGUUUCUCGGAAAGAACUACAACAUACAAAAAGUCAUGAAAUGUGUGGAUUUCCUUGCCUGCGUCUUUUAUAUUGAGUGAAAUGCUGCAAAUGCAAAGAUUAUCUACUAAACAUUGACUCAAAUUUACAUUUACAGUAUGUCCAGUGGAAUUCCUGGAUGGACGGUUCUGGGAUUGGGACUGAAAGAUAUGCAACACUUACUUACUAGUACAGAAAAACCCAGACAUAUAUUAUAACUCAUAUACUAAACGGUGUAUGAUAUUUUUUUAUCCAAGACUCACAGAGCUGUUGCUGUUUAAAUUGGUCUAAUUUCCACAUAUCACUGUUGGGUGGAAACCUAUGACUAAAUUUGGUCAAUUUCAUAUUUUUCCACAAAUCGAUACUAUUGGUCAGUCCUCACGUGGGUCUGUUAUUUUCACAAAUUAUUAACCAAUAUUAAGUGUUGAAAAUAGUGUGCACUCUUACAAUGUUUAAUAACUAAAAUAAAAUAUGCUGUUCUUUAAUUUCCUGAAAAAAUAAUGGUUUUGCCAGGAUUAUGUCUGACAGCAACAACCAAAAAGCUAUGUGUGUAUAUGGUAUUGACCACAUAGUUGCAUGAAUAUUUAGUCGGGAUAUACAAAACAUGCUGUAUAUACAUAAACAAAUAUAAACAAAUUAAUUUCUUCAGUAUUUCAUAUUAUACAAAAGGAUAUCCAAAGGAUCUAAAGGAAAGUACAGGGCACAAGAACUAGAUUAUAGUCUUAGCCCAUGCAUUUCCUCUUGAAUCAGAUUGUGUCCCUCUGUGUAAAUGUACAGUUGUGCCUUGACAUAAUGAGAUAGGAGCUAUCAUUUGGCUGUUUGUUUUUGUUUAUUUUUUUCUUUGACUUGCAAGCAAUAAUUUGAGAUACGAGCACUGUAUGGUGACAGUGAACUCAACUCACUUCACAACAAGCAGAAGUUUGACAUACAAUAUACAGUCCUGAUACAAUAUACAGUUCUUCAAAAAAGAGGCUUCAAGCAGUUUAAUGUCACUCCCACAUUUACUGUCAAACUAAACAUAAAACAAAGAGAAAUACAUAUUGGGUAUUUAACAACUGCUCGUUAGAAUGGGCAACACCAUAAAUGGUGUUACAAAGCUUUAAGCAACAGCUAUUUAAACCCAAAUGGUGCAUCAACCCACGGAGGCAGACAAAAUAAUGCUCACGGGCAUAUAUUCUUUAUCCUCUGUGAAGAACAACUAAUACUACUGCGGCUUACUGAGAAGCUGUAACUGUCUCCAUGUAUAUCUGUAUGUGUGUAAUAUACUGCCCCCAUCUGGCCAAGUCGCACACACCAGAUGGAGCAGCAAUAUAACAAUACUCACGGGCAUAUAUUCUUUAUCCUCUGCGACGAACAACUAAUAUUACUGCGGCCUACUGAGAACCUGUGACAGUCUCUGUAUGUAUUGUUGAAGAAAUGUGGGCUGUUCCUAUUCCCCCAGGGCCGAAGCCCCAAAAUUACAAGUGUCUGUCUGUAAUACACUGUCCCCAGAUGGCCAAGGCGCAUACACCAGAUGGAGCAGCAAUAUAUGGAACGGAUUAUUGACAUUUCCAUUUAUUUCAAUGGGGAACAGUGAUUUGAGAUACCAAUGUUUGGAAUUAACGGAACAAAUUAAACUUGCAUCUCAAGGCACCACUGUACUGAAAUUAUUAUUAUUAUUCUGAAAUAUCACAAGCUUCCGUGGUCAUCUAAUUUGUAAUCGUAACGAUCGCUUUAAGAUCUUGUGUCUUUUCGGGGACGAACGCAAACUCUCCAGUCCACCCAGUUGGUGGCAAGAAGGAAGAAUGAUCUCAGCAUUUUAGUCACUCAAAGACAUUCAUUCGUGGGUGUUGCCUUGUCUCAUAGUGGGACAGUUAAGUACGAGUUAAAGCACAGUCUUUUAUGAUCGCCGCUGAGAGUGAGUUAUACCAGAAGGUGUAAAAUGAUGGUUUUAAAACUGGUUGUACAGUGCUUCAAAUCAAAUACAAGUCAACCAAAACAAAACUUGCUUCUCUUUAAAAGAUGGACUCACACAAUGCUGCUCUGUUAUACAGUACAGUAUAUGCAUUUUGAAAAAGAGUGGAUGCAACAAGGAUAGUUUUAUAAAACUAGAGUAAAAUGGAACCGAGAGGAACUAAAUUAACCCAGCAUUGAUGCCUCUAAAUAUUACAUCAUCUCUAUAUGGACUUCUCCAAAAAAACAACAAUGCUACUGAUGUAAUGUUCUGUGCUAAAUGUCUAUUUUGAUGUUAAAGGUCAGUAAAACUGUAUGGACUACAGGGUGCACAUGUAUUUCCUCCUCUGCUACAAGUGUGCAUACUUAUUGUCAAGUGAUUCAGUGUGCUCUAUCUUCUUGUGAUAAACAAAAUGUGUUAUGUUAUUAUUGAAUUUAUUCAUGAGAGUCAUAAGACAUGCACUGCUUGAAUGUGGAUGCAUAUAACAGCAUAUAGCCAUUCCACACCGUCGGAGUCACUGUAUGAAUGUGCCUUUUCUGGCAUGAAAUAAAAACAGAUGUUCAAAGUA